UAUAGAAACCACGGCAAUCAUGCACGCUUCUACACUCCUUCCGGCUUUGGGUCUUUUCGCCCAGCUUAGCACCGCAGGAUACACUCUGCUAGAUGACUAUGGCACCGACUCGUCGUUUUUCGACAAAUUCGAGUUCUACACGGAAACCGACCCCACCAACGGCUACGUGAACUAUGUCGAUAACUCCACCGCCUCUUCCGACGGUUUGAUCGGUGCCGACGGUAGCUCCGUCUACAUCGGUGUAGACUACAGCAAUGUCGCUAGCGGUAACGGUCGCAACAGCGUCCGUCUGACCAGCAAGAACACCUACACUGAGGGCCUGGUGAUCCUGGACCUGGCACACAUGCCCGCUAGCACCUGCGGAACUUGGCCCGCAUUCUGGAUGCUCGGCUCCGACUGGCCUAACCAUGGCGAAAUUGAUAUCAUUGAGGGUGUCAACCAGGAUACCACCAACCAGAUGACCCUGCACACCAGCGACGGUUGCUCAAUCUCCAACUCGGGCUUCACCGGUACCCUCGACACUGACAACUGCUAUGUUGAGGCUUCGGACCAAUCCGCCAACUCCGGCUGCGCUAUCGUCAAUACCGAUGAUUCGUCCUACGGCGACGGUUUCAACAAUGCUGGUGGCGGUGUUUAUGCGACUGAGUGGACCAGUGAUGCUAUUAGCGUCUGGUACUUCGCCAAUGCAAGCAUCCCCUCUGAUAUCAGCAGUGGUAGCCCCGAUCCUUCGGGCUGGGGUACCCCCGCCGCUAGUUUCUCCGGAGACUGCGACAUCAGCUCGCACUUCCAGAACCUCCAGAUCGUCUUCGACAUCACCUUCUGCGGCGACUGGGCCGGCGACAGCUCCGUCUGGUCCAGCAGCACUUGCUCCUCCUACGCUAGCACCUGCGACUCUUACGUCCAGAACAACCCUUCUGUUUUCGAGGGUACCCACUGGAGCAUUAACUCCCUCAAGGUCUACCAGGAUAGCUCGAGCUCUUCCAAGCGCGAUGAAGUUCCCCACGCCCACGCUGCUGCCCAUGCCAACUCCCGUCGCACAGCGAACCACAUCCGCCCUGCUCCCCGUCCGGCCUGGAAGCACCGCCGUGCGGGAUACAAGCACGGAUCUAGCUUCUAGAUGUUACUAUC